GUGUUUAAACAGCGUGAUGUGACAAUGACGGUUAUUGUAAUUGUGAAACGACGCGUUAUUGUGAUCAGCUGAUCAAUUCAGUCUGUCAGAGAAAGAGAGAGAGAAGAAGAAGAAAGGGUUGCGUUAGUCAUAAGAAAAAACAACAAGCUAUUGAAAGGAAUACGACGGGAGAAAAGAGUCCAAUUUUGGUGGCUAUGUCGUUGUACCUAUGAUAGGUUUUGCCUCCAAGAGGGGCCAGUUUUGUGUGAAUAGUGGUUUUAAGUUUGGUGGGUGUAUUGUGUGCACGUAUGAUUCGUACGAGUGAUAGAUGAAUGUAUGUUAGCCAUGCCUGCCGUGCGGAAGUACAGAAGGGAUACCAGUGAAGUGAGCUGUUGUCUCAAGUAUGUGAUAUUUGGAUUUAACGUCAUGUUUUGGUGGCUGGGUUUGAGUAUUAUGGCGGUAGGUGUUUGGGCAUGGGCUGAAAAAGACACGUUUAAUAACUUGUCUCGUCUCACAAACGUUGCACUUGAUCCUGCGUUUAUCCUCAUUCUAGUCGGUACAGUAACAUUUAUCAUUGGAUUUACGGGGUGUGUUGGUGCACUCAGGGAAAAUACGUGCCUCCUAGCUGCAUAUGUAAUAUUUCUGGCAUUAUUAUUGCUAAUGGAAAUGGCGGCUGGCGUAUUAGGUUACAUCUUUAGAGACUGGAUAAAGUCGCAAGCCACUGGUGGCUUCCAAGCGUUUAUUAUUCACUAUAGAGAAGAUCCCGACCAGCAGAAUCUUAUUGAUUGGAUUCAAGAGGACUGGUUGCAGUGUUGCGGCAUCGAGGGGCCUAAAGACUGGGAUCGUAAUAACUAUUUCAAUUGUUCGUCGAGCGACAUUGGCUCGAGGGAAGCCUGUGGUGUGCCUUUUAGUUGUUGUAAACGAAAACCAAAUGAAAUCAUUAAAAAUAAGCAGUGUGGCUACGACGUUAGAAAAUCUAGUUACACUGGAGAGAGGAGUAUAUUCGAGAGAGGUUGUCUAAGAGCAGGCGAGGAGUGGCUAGAAUUAAAUCUCGUACCUGUCGCUGGUACUGUUGUCAGCACUAUGGUUUUACAGAUUCUAGGGAUCUGUAUCGCUCAGAACCUCCGGGCGGACAUAUUCGCACAGAAGGCGAAAUGGCAUUGACAAUCUCGUGCCCCCACGGCUGUGUAGCAUCUCGUCUUGAUCGAUGCCAGUCGGUUGCGUUGAUCAAACCCGAGAAACUCUUGAGAUGUUCAAGAGAACGGAAUUACGCAGACUGUUCAAAUAUCGUUCGACCUUCGGCCGAACGCUUUCCGCCACUCGUUAAUCGACGAGAAAGGAUAGGGGGCUGAUGACUCGAGGAGCAGAAUAGUGUAUCCGAGCACGAAGGUCGAUUGACAUGAAGUCGU